CAGAGAGAGAGAGAGAGACAGAGAGAGAGAGAGAGAGAGAGAGAGAGAGACAGAGAGAGAGAGAGAGACAGAGGUUGAGUUGAAGCAGGUGUCAUCGACCGUCUCUUCCUCCGUUUAACCGAAAAUCUUCAUCCGUGAAUUCACCGUCGUCUGUGAUGGAAGCGGGAGAAGACAGAGGAGCAGCAGCAGCGGGAGGAGGAGGUGAAUACCACCGGGCAGCCAAGCGGCUCCGGCUGGAGGAGGAGGCCGGCGCAGAGGAGCUGGAGGACGGGGAGGAGGAGGAGGACUCCGCCGGUGAGGAGGCAGCGGGGAGCGGAGGCACCGAGAGCAGGAGCCGGAGGAGCGGAGGGAAGCAGGACGGUGUGGAGGACAGUCACCGCAUCCCCCCAUCUCCGGUCGUCCAUGUUCGAGGGCUCUGCGACGCCGUGGUGGAGGCUGAUUUGGUAGAGGCACUUGACAAGUUUGGCAACAUCUGCUACGUGAUGAUGAUGCCCUUCAAGCGCCAGGCUCUGGUGGAGUUCGACAGCGUGGAGAGCGCCGAGCGUUGCGUGUUGUGUGGAGGGCGCGAGGCCGUCUACAUCGCCGAGCAGCAGGCGUUCUUCAACUUCUCCACCAGCCAGAGGAUCACCAGACCCACCAACGCCGACGACCCCACCAGCGGCAACAAGGUCCUGCUGCUGUCCAUCCAGAACCCGCUGUACCCCAUCACCACCGAUGUGCUGUACACCGUCUGUAACCCCGUCAGUAACGUCCUGCGCAUCGUCAUCUUCAAACGCAACGGCAUCCAGGCCAUGGUGGAAUUUGAGUCAGUGGAGGACGCUCAGAAGGCCAAACUGGCUCUGAACGGCGCUGACAUCUACGCCGGCUGCUGCACACUCAAGAUCGAAUACGCUCGGCCCAACAGACUGAACGUCGUCCGAAAUGACAACAGCAGCUGGGAUUACAGCAAACCCUUCCUCCUGCACCGAGAGCGGGGGAAGGGGAGGCAGCGUCAGGCCAUCCUGGGAGAGCAUCCAUCCAACGGCUACAGCCCACACUGCCCCCUGCUGCCCCUCCCCUCUAACAGCAGGUACAGGAGGAGCAGUGAGGAGGUGCAGGACCUGAUCUCCUACCCGCUGCUCCUCCCUAAGAACGCCUCUUCCUCCUCCUCCUCUUCCUCUUCCUCAUUCCUGGGCCACGCUGCCUCAAGCGCCGUCGCCAUGGUGAGCGGCCUCCACCCUGCCAAGAUGAACUGCAGUCGCAUCUUCAACCUUUUCUGUCUCUAUGGCAACGUGGAGAAGGUGAAGUUCAUGAAGAGCGUUCCCGGUACGGCGUUGGUGGAGAUGGGUGACGAGUACGCGGUGGACCGAGCCGUGACGCACCUCAACAGCAUCAAGGUGUUCGGCAAAAAGCUCAAUGUCUGCGUGUCCAAGCAGCACGCGGUGAUUCCCAGUCAGGUGUUCGAACUGGCCGACAGCAGCAGCAGCUACCAGGACUUCAGUCUGACCAGGAACAACCGAUUCAGCAGCACACACAGCGGCAGGAACAUUAUCCAGCCACCCGCUACCGUCCUGCACUUCUACAACGCCCCGCCCACCCUCACUCAACACCAGCUGCACAAGCUCUGUACUGAACACAACGUUCCCGCCUUCAGCAAGUUCAAAGUCUUUGACGCCAAACCCAGCUCAAAGACUCUGUCGGGCCUGUUGGAGUUUGACAGUAAAACUGAAGCGGUGGAGGCUCUGACCGUCCUUAACCACCAUCAGAUCAGAAUACCCAACAGCUCCAACCCCUUUACCCUGAAACUCUGUUUCUCCACCUCCUCCCACCUGUGACCCACAAACAAGAUGGCUGCCACAGUCACCCAGAGAGGAAACGUGUUUGUUACAAAAAGAGAAAGAGAUGAACGGAGGAUUUCAGUUUUGUGUGUCGACUCAUCGUGCAGCAGGGAGUGAUGGAGUCAUGACGAAGCAUUUUUUUUAAGAAGAGCAGCACCUUAAUGACUCGUGGCAGUUUGAUGAGCCUUUUCCUGAAUGAUGUCGGCGGUCUGAGAGGAAAAACCUUCUGCACCGACGUGUGAACACAAGUCUUCUUCCAGCUGAACACUUUCAUUCAAUCAAGCAUGACAAAUCAAAAUCAAUAAAUGACUUUAUCCUCUACAAACGACCCUUUCAUAUCCUGAAGAUUAAACUGUAACUAUCAACAGACACAAAUAAAACUGAAUUUUAGAGGCUGAAAUAUUUGUUGUUGUAACAAAACUCAGGGAGGAAUCAUUACAAACUGUAAACCAAUCAGAUAUCAGCCAGGAAGAGAGACAUGUUGUUUAGAGAUUUUUAUUUAAAUCCUACAACAUCUUUAUUGUUUUAAUAUGUCAUUGCCUUUGUUUGGUUCUGCAGAAAUAUGGAUUUAUUUUAAGUAUUUAUUUUAUUUCACAGUUUGUAAUGCUUUAGAUUACGGCCUACAAUGUACAGUGGAGUGCACCAGCACAUACAUGAAGGUGCAGGGGAAUAAGAGGGUAGCAACGUGGGAAUUUAAGAAUAUUUUUAGACUGUAGACAAUUUAUUCAGUUAUUACAGGACACAGUGUCACCAUUACAUCAUAUAAAUCUGCUGUGAUUUCUUUCAAAACACUGGAAAGAGGACAGCUAAACUACAUAGUUCUUAAAGAUCCAUAUUUUCUUCUUCCUUGUUUUAUAUGAAUUGUUGAUCCAUAAGAAGAUAUAUUUGUGAUUCAUCUCAGUGUAGUUUGACAUCUCCUCUCUCAGGCUUCUCUCUGGAGCUCUAGUAACAACAGGUCGGUGAGCCAAUCAGAAGAGAGGAGGCUCUGAGCCUCUCCUCUGAUUGGUAAAAUAAAAAUAAAGCAGAUUUCAGGUAAAAACACUCAGAGAAACCAAAUCCUGCAAGGUUUGGAUGGUGGGUCCAGGUGGGCGGGGCUUGGUGACUGCUUUGUUGUGACAUCACAAAGUUCCAGAAGUCCUGACGGCUGGUUUUAAGGCUCAGUUUCUGAAUACAGGCUGUGUGCAUUUCUCUGUGGACUGAGGCUUUGAUACUUUCACAGUAUUAAUAUAGAAGCUAGAGCUGAUCUAUAAUCACACUACACAUGGACACACACCUUCACACUGAAGGAGCUUUAAAAUGUGUAAAGUAAAGGUUCCCUUGUUGCUCAGUAACAGUCACACUGUUAAUAAUAAGACAACAACAACCUGUUAGUUCAAAGUACCAACAGCAUAAAUUCUUCUCACUGUUAUCCUCUUAUUCCCUGACGUCAUAUCUUGUACCUACAUGUAUGUAUAAGUAUAAGUAUAAGUAUGUACUGUACUAGUGCAGCACUACAAGAAAAAAAUUACACUGGGAAUUGUAAUUUAUAUUUGUUUGAUUUAUUGAUCGAUUGAUUUUAAUUUCUAUUUUAGUUUUUAAAAAAAGAAGGCAAAGGGAAAGAAAGCAAAAAAAAGUGGUGUGUUCAAGUCAGUGUGUUUUUGAACUGUUGUAAUAGUUUUACAGAAACUGUGUGUGUUUACAGCCGUACAUCUUCUGAACGACUUUUAUAAAGGGGGGGGGGUCAGUGUUGGUUUACUGAGGAAAUGAUCUCAAACAUCAUCAUCGAGUUAUCAGUCCAGACGUGAACGGAAAGAAAAGCACAACAUUAUUAAUGGCCAGUGUUGAACCCAUGUUUACAGAUUAUUUCAAGUUUGAGGAUUAAAUUAAACAGUUUUUUUAGUUGUUUAAACUGUGACUUUUUCAGUAGCAAUACUUUAGUGUGGUUCUUUAGCUUUGUGUAGUUACACACUGUGUUUAAUUCGAGAGUGAGUGUUAUUGCAGUCACAGUCAGCUGGUACCCAACACACACAUCGUUAGAUUUAAAGUAGAUAUGAUGAACUUGGUGUUAAACAGUUGCUGCUUCCACAUCAGCUGGACACACUCUCUCCACUGGGUUGAUCCUGUCUGCUGGAUGAUCACAUGUUUGGUGAUAAUGUGUCAGAUAUCAGCUGAUUCUGCAGAAAAAAUCAAUAAAAAAAUCAACAAAAACUGCUUUAACACAACCUGCAAGUCUUUGCCAUGAAGUCAGUCAGAGUUAAUGUUACAUGUAUGUUCACGUGUGCAACUAUGACACAAAAAUGACUUUAUAAAUGCUCAUUAAAAACAUUAGCAUGCUAGCUUUAGCACCUUGUAGAACAUAUUAUCAACAGGUUUCAGAGGGACUAUUUCUUCUGCAGUUGCCCAAAGUAACCGGGACAUUGUUUCCAAAAUGUCUGUCACUGCUGAAUGUUUAACUUGUCCAGGCAACAAAAACUAAACUGCAGGACUCACAUUACUGCACAUGUUGAAAAUGUUAAGGUGAAACUUUGAAAAUCUGCAGUAUUUGUGACGUGUUAUAACAUGUUAUAACCUGUGGUAACUUGUUCUCCACAUGGUACCACAUGUUGCAGCAUUUCAUACCAUGUAACACGUGCAAAACAUGGGAAAUCCAUGUGCUCUUUCUGGCAGGUAAGGUUUGGGUUCAUGUUAGCGGCUGAUAUCAGUAAAUGUUGUGUCAUAUGUUGCACCGGAGUCUGUGAAGUUAAACUGCAGGUUCUGACUGUAAUCUUUGCUUUCUGAUUAAACUGAGUUCAGUACAGAUGGGCUGCAGAGUGUUUGUCCUCCCUGUCUGACCAUUAAAUUGUUUGACAGUU